CGACUGUUGUCGGGUGAACUGUUGCAGUAUUUUCGGGCGUUAUUAUUUCAUCAAAUUUCUUUGGCAUGAGUGAAACCUUAUCCGAUUUGAGGCUUUAGGCGAAGACAGCGCACUGCAGUCCAAUGGAGAAAUUUUAACAUAUCAUCAUGAAGCAUAUCUUACAGUUACCUAACAAAUCGUCAUUGCAAUGUCAACCAUGAAGGUUAACAGCAGCAACGACCCCUUCUCGAGGAGCAACUCGACUCGCUCCCGGAAAUCCAACGUGAUCCUCCCAAAAUCUUCCUACUCUACCCCUGCCCCAAGCUCAGCCCCUAGAAGUCCGUCCCUGAACUACCAAUGUCUCGUCGAUCCUUCGCCGACACCUCCUUCCUACCACCCAUCAAUCGUGCCAAAAUCUCCCAUACCUUCCGAACAGAAAUCUCCCACGUAUCCCAGAUCCCCGAGCGAAAGGAUCUCCAACAAAUCGCCAAAAGUGCAACUGAGCAGUCCGGGAAGGGUAGAUGGACGCAACGAUAGGGUCUUCGAUUUUUCUAACUCCGCCAGUGGUACGCCCAAGUCCCCUAGGUCGCCCAGGUCCUUCAACUACGACGGGGAAGUGAUAAAUGCCGAUUCUUCAUCUAACGACUCCUUCAAUUUCGACCUUCAAAGUCCCCCGAAACAGAGAACGAGCAAGAUUUACUCGAGGAAGCAGUACCGGUUGUCCAAGAGCGACUCGAGUAAUUCCAGGUCCAGUUUGGAGUAUCAUUCCACUAAGAAACAUCCUACUGGUGCUUAUGAAGAUAUAGAGUAUAAGGUGUGCCAUUCGCUGGACUCUGAUUCCCAAAGUGAUUUCCAAACCUCUUCUGGAUACAGGUACUCGUUGACCAGCUCGAUACACUCUUCGCUGAAAGAGAAGAAGGGUAGUAAGCCAAGGUGCAACAUCAGGACAAACCCGGUUUAUGAUGAAAAGUAUGGAUCGAGCAAGUCAAUAAACGAAUGCAACCAGCCCACGACACAGCGACCCAUACAAAGAUGCCGGAAAUCGACUUCCGACCUGACCGAUUUGACGGACGACGCUGUGAAUACCACGACUACAAGUCUCAGCAGGCCGAGCUCGCCGCGUAGGAAAGGGUCGGUCAAGGGUGGCUUAGCAUAUCUUGCCUCGAGGCGGGGAUCUAGGGACUCUUUGGCUUCGAACAUGUCCAACGUGUCGAACGAGGACAUAGGACCACUCAAUUUCCAGAACACGGCCAGGGGAAGGCAGAGGCGGACGUCCAAUUUUCUCGAGUUGCCAGUACCGGACCACAUAAGGCCUAGGGUUUGUUCCCUGCCUGAGAAAGCGUACAACCCUCGCCUCAGUGAUGAUUUGUACAGGCUUCGCACGUUCAGUAUAACCAAUAAGGGUGGCGUAGUUAAUUGUGGAGAUUCAAUCAUCAACAGGAGGUCGAGAUCAAAUACAAGUGUCAACUCUACAGCAAGCAGGGCGAGCAAUGUAUCAGGGGAACGAUCGCCUUUCGAAGGGUCCUGCUGCGGGUCUGGCUAUCACACUGUAGACUCGACGCCCUUAGGAUCGCCGGAAGAAAUUGAGGUGCCGAAAUAUAGAGUCGUUAUGCUCGGUGACGCAGGGGUUGGAAAGACCGCUCUGGUCUCACAAUUCAUGACCUCUGAAUAUAUGAACACCUACGAUGCCAGUUUGGAUGAUGAAUUUGGAGAAAGAACAGUAUCCAUUCUACUGGAUGGGGAGGAAUCUGAAAUGAUUUUCAUUGAUCAUCCUGCAUCGGAAAUGUCGGUUGAGAACUCCUUGAGUACUUACGAACCCCAUGCCUGUGUUGUGAUAUAUUCGAUUGUAGCAAGAGCAAGUUUCCAACAUGCCGAGGAAACAUUGAAUUAUUUAUGGAGGGAAGGCUACACCCAUGAGAAAAGCGUGAUUGUCGUCGGUAAUAAAGCUGAUCUUGCAAGGUCUAGAGUUAUCACAGCAAACGAAGGAAAAGCACUUGCAGUGGCGAGAGAUUGCAAAUUCAUCGAGACGUCUAGCGGGAUCCAGCACAACGUUGAUGAACUUCUUGUGGGCAUUCUGAAGCAAAUACGUCUCAGGGAAUCCAGAGACAAGAAGAAGAAGCCGAAAAAAGAGGGUAACAAGCUACAUGGUUCGAAAACGAGUCUUAGCCUGAAUAUUGCCAGAGAAAUCCUACAAAAAAUCUGCAUGAACGACAUAAGCAAGUCCAAGUCAUGCGAAAACUUGCACGUGUUGUGAAAACUUGCAGAGAUUUUCAAAAAACACUAUUUUGUAUAAAGAUUGUGAACUGUUGAAACUGGAAUACAUGUUAGAAAUUUUUCAUUAUUGU